UUGCCUAACGAGUAUGCGUGUGUGUGUGUGUGAGCGCUACGAUCGCGUCCGUUUCACCUUGACAUAAGACUGCAGGAAAUUACUUGAACACACCGCCUUGUUUUUUUGAACUGAAACCAUCAACAAUGCAGAAUAUUCUUGUGACCGCUGUAAUUAUGGUCAGUCUGGCCACUGUAGCAUGGGCAGGCAAGUGUGUAGUGUGCCGGUCAGACCGCGUGGACGGAUGUGGAGAGACUAUGGAUAUAGGCAUCAUUAACGACCACACUCAGUCAUGUAACUCGAGUAGCUGCGACAAGAGGAUUAACGAGGAGUUCCACACUCUCGUAAUCCGGCAGUGUGGCCAGGAUGGGAAUUUUGACGAGGAUUACUACUCUGCCAAAUGCAAGGAAAUGACCAAUUUCAAGGUGUGCAAGUGUAGGGGCGACGUGUGUAAUGGUCAGUCAAACAUCGUGUCCAGUCUGAGCGUGCUGACCAGUGCUGUACUGGCAGUCCUUGUACUUCUUAGACAGAUUUAGUCACACGAGGAAACAUGGAUACGACUGGUAUUACAUUAAUUUAACAUCACUCCGAGUUGUUAUAACAAUAGAGAAUGUGUAAGAUUAAGGUGUAAGAUUAUGUGGACCUUAAAUAAUGUCGAGAAGCUGUUUGCAUCUGAAUGUGUGUAUAUAAUAUAGUUUUGUGUAACUGGAGACGUUCAUAUAUUUAGUAGAUACUAUUUAUGCUUGGUGAUUUGGAGUUGUAUAUCGGCACAUUGAAGAGUCAGAGAAAUGAUGACGUCACUACGGAAUCUCAGAGAUGGUUACGCCCCAAAAGAUUCAACUGUAGUGACGUCACUGAAGAGUUUAAGAGAUGGUGAGGUCACUGUAAAGUCCAAGAAACGAUGACGUCACUGUACUGAGUCUUACGAAUGGUGUCACUGUUUGCAGGGCCCAGUUGUUCAAAAAGUGAUUAGAUUAAUCAGUGAUUAGCGCAAAGUUUAUUUUUUUUGUAACUUUUAAACAAAACUAUUGAAUUAGUUACAAUUUUCUAGAUAUCAAAUAUUUAGUAAAGUGAAGUCACAUGCAAAACUGUGAGAUUUUACCUUGUUUAUUGACGUAAUUAUUACAGAUUGAAAUAUGUCGUUAGACAGUGAUUAAGCUAACCACCUUUUGAACAACUGGGCCCUGAAGUAUGGUAACGUCAUUUUAUAGUCUGAUAGAUCGUGAUGUCAUGAUUAUGUACAUGGAUCUUCCAAUUUGUUGAUGUCGAGAAAAAUGGAUGGUUGUGUUCAGUAAUACUUUUAUUUGACCCGAUAAACUUCAUUAUUGUGUAGGAAACUGGUUAAUUAUCACAAAAACAACUUUUACAAAGUCCUAAAACAAGUGGGCUUUUUAGCCACAAGCUGUUCUGAUUCAUUGUUGGAUUUCACAAGUUUCCUUGUGACAUUUGCUUAUAUUUGUAUAGAUAUAGUCUAUGCGCGCUUUCAGCACACACACGUGUUCUUUGGUCCGAGCACAGGCAUCGGCGUCUGGCUUGCAAAUUAUGAAGGGUCUCGCUCUACACAGCUCAGAUACUACUGGUAUGAAACAGACACGGAUGCCUGUGUUCUGAGAUUGUUGUACCAUGAUUCAUCACAUGUGUAACCACAAAGACGGGAUAGGCUCAUGGUGUGUAAGUAGUAUUUUAAAACUGCCAAACAAAAGGAUGCUGGAAAAUACUCCGAUAUUUCACGUUUAACAGCAUUUUCCCAUUAUUAUUUUGGUAAAAACAACUUUUCGGGGCUGAAGAUUACGUAUGUUUUUAAAGUUCAUUGUAAAUAGACUGUUUUGUGUUACAUUAUAUAAUGUACAUAUUUUACCACGUUUGUGAAGUAACGACACUAUUGGACGAUAGACCAUGCGCGUGCAUGUAUUAUAUUCCAUCAAACCAACACUAUUCCAAUUUGGGAUGCCAAACAUUAUAUACCAAGUUGUAUACGAUAGCCGGAAGGUUGUAUUGAUCAGGACUCUAUGCAUUUACAUUGAUGUUUGAAGAGUAUUUGUACAAAUAUUGUAAAUUCGUAGCUAAAGUGCCAUCGUUACUAGCAUUUAACCAUCACAGUUUGUUGUCAGAAAUACUGUACCUCCUAAUCAUUCCUCUCACCUGUUUUGGUGUUUAGUUUGUUUGUUUUAAUUUCAUAACUCGUACUACCAUUAGCAGUUUUCCUAUACUCAAUAAAAAAAAAAAAAUCUCACAAAA